CUGCCUGGUGCCGCACGCUACGCCCUGCUGCGGACCUUCGCACCACCCCCUUGCUCUAGUCUCGCCUCCCUCCGGCCCCCUCCCAGCUCGUUUCUCCCUAACCCCCAGCACCCCACCGUCUUGCCCAGACUUCGCGAUCCCCGCCAGCCCCGUUUGCUCCCUCCUCCCGAGUGCGGGCUGGGGGGCGGGGUACAGGACCCCUUCCUCUCGGGCCCCCGCCCCCAGUACACUUCUUCUCUCCCCUCCCACGGGCUAUGCCCUCCCGGCAGUGCUAGCCUUCGGACAUGUUGGUGGUGAGCGGUCAGACCGGGAUGAAGCGGCCGGCCGAGGGCUGGGACCGCAGCCGGGUUCGCGAGAGACUGCAUGCAGCCCUGGCCGGCCUCCAGGAGCUCCAGGUGCUGAGGGACAAGCAGCAGAUGCUGGUGAGCGGGGCUCUGGCCAUGCAGCCGGCAGCGCCGCCGCCACCCCCGCCGCCGGGUCCCCGCGCGCCCCGGCUCCAGAAGCUGCUGCCCUCCACUGUCCCUGUGGGUGACCCGCACAGCAAGGAACAUCGGUUGGAAGCCACUCUCACUGCUCUUAAGGAACAACUGUCACGUUUAAGGAGACAAGAUGUUGGCCUGAAAACUCACUUGGAUCAACUGGACCAACAGAUAAGUGAACUGAAAUUGGAUGUAAACAAGACCUCCAGUGAAAACCUGGACAGUGACAGCAGGCCCAGUUCAGGUUUUUAUGACUUAAGUGAUGGUGGAUCCUGUUCUUUGUCCAACUCCUGCACAUCCGUCUACAGUGAGUCCAUCUCCUCCUCUCAUAGCAGCCUGCUUCCUGGCAUCCAGACCCCCAAAGUCAGACUCAGUAUCUUCGACUACCGCCCCAAGUCUGCUGAUGAGACCACCGUGCUCAGUGCCCACCUUCAACCUCAGAGACUACCUGUCAGUGAGGGUUGUUGGAUCAAGGGCAGCCCAGAGAGUGAAGGUGAAACUUUGGCCAAGUUCAAGCCAAGGCCCGUUUCCACAGGUGAUCUUGAAAGGAUUGUGCCAACUGAUGGAGGCCUUCAUAAAACAACCACUGAUCCUAAGUCUGUGUCACCCCUUUGCCAUGGAACAGAAAUUCUGUUCCAUGUGGUGGACCCUAAGUAUCAAAGUGACUUGGUCUCCAAGAGCGGCAAUGAUAGAUACCCUUACCCAAGUCCUCUGCAUGCAGUGGCCUUGCAGAGCCCCUUGUUUGCUUUGACUAGGGGAACCCUAGAGACUGAUAGCCAAUUGCCCCUUCCUAAACCCAUCCUGAGUAUGCCAGGUCCCAGCUUAAUCAGGACUAAACCAAUUGUUGAGGUUCCUCCUCCUGGUGGCUAUAUUGAUAAGCUGCUCCAGCUGACCCGGGACCGAGGGAAAUACACAGGUGGCGGUGUAAGUGAGAGGGGAGCAGCUAAUGGGCAGGUGCCCCCAUCCCAGCAGAGGCUCAGUAUUACUCCCAGCCUCAGUGGUCUGAGAGGAAACAGUGGUGGUCAGCUAGAGAAGCAGGUCAGCUCUCCAGAAAGUAGGCAAGCUAGAACAGGAAGAGUUCAAAGAGAGGUGCCUGAUGGGAACAGUACAAAACUGCAAGAAGCCGGAGAAACCUGUUUAGAUGUGGAGCAGCCAAUCAGCCAGCAAAGCUUGGAAUCCAUGGCUCCAAAUAGCUGCUUCUCUGGUGAGGUCAGCCCUGCCUCUGCUCAGGAAGAGUCAGGGGUCAUUAGUCUGGAAGAGCACCCCCCUUCAUGCUCCCAGGUGCACCAUUCACAUCUCAUCACGGCUCCCCAAAGGUCAAAUGCCAAAGUCAUCCUGUCACCCAGAAAGGUGGGCAAAAAGGGGACCAGUCUUGUCACGGGUGAGUUUGUCCAUGCUCAGUUUGUCCCUGGAGAAGCCCACCUGAUGAGGCUGAAAGCAAGCAAUCCCAAGGCAAAGGCGCUGAAGGUCAAGCGAAGGAGCAGCGAUAAGGUGCUGAGGCUUGGGAAGCCACAGCCACUGUUAGCAGAGAGGUCACGGGGAUUGCAUGCAGCAUCUCGACUGCCCGCAGAAUGGAAUCCUCCUCCACGGUUCCAUGGGGGAAAGAACCUCAUGAGGAGGCCAAUGUUUGUUGGAGAAGUGACCGGUCGAUCCUGCUCUGAGUCCAGCCUCUUUCCUGUACAGUUUCAUAUCCCAGCAGUCGCCUCCCGACCUGAGCUUUACCCAGCCUCAGCACAUCCCCUGUACUCUUUCGAAGCGGCUCAACUCAACCUGGUAGCCAGUGGGGGCACCAAGAAGAAGCAGCAGCGGAAAUGGCAGUCGACUGUGGAGAUCUCGGCUAAGACCCACCUGACGAGCUUCUCUGCCGCCGAUACCAGCUUAGCCCUGCCCAAGCCACCUGGAAGGAGAGCCUCCAUCUUACGGACUGUGAGCGGGAGGUCCCGGCCCAAGGUCCACAGUCAUAACACUUAUGCCAAAAGUGAGUCAGACCACUCAGAGUACUCCGCUGAGUGCGCCUCCCUCUUCCACUCCACCAUUGUGGAAACCAGUGAAGAGGAUGUUAGUGACUACACCGCCAACUGCUUUGGGGAUAGUGAAUCCGAGGACAGUGACUCAGAGGGGGCCUGUAGGAGCAGUGAGAGCAGCCUCACUCUAGACUAUGAGGAAGCUGUUGGGAAUGAGCUGAUUUGGCCCAAGGCCAUUGUCCAGCAACCAGUGAGGGUGCAGGCUGCCUCUAAGUCAUCUCACCACCCUGUGCCCAAGAUCUGCCGCAUCAAGGCCUCUAAGGCCCUAAAGAAGAAGAUUCGGCGAUUCCAGCCAGCAUCUCUAAAAGUUAUGACUAUGGUGUGAACAAAGAUGACCAAAAAAAAUUGUCCCAGCAGAAACUAGGUUGACUUUAGAAUAAGAUGGGUUGGGGUUCUAAAACAAAAAGGAAUUAUGGAUGAACCAGAAAUGAUGCCCCCCCAAAAGGCCAAAAGACCUUUCAUUUUGCUAAUAUUGGUGUAAAGAGCAAUGUGUAUAAUUUCUUUAUCUUUCCACUGUUUAUUAUACAAAUAUGAAUUUGUGUUAUCUUGCCCACUUGACUCUGUCUUCAAAAAUCCUGUUUAGAAAGGGAAUUGCCUCAAAACCAGAAGGUACAGUGAAUAUUAUAUCACAGAGGCAAAUGGGGGAUAUUAUUGCCCACUUGACUGGAAUGACUCUCUAUCCUGCAGUAUGAAAUUUCAAGACUCGUUUAUUCGCACUCCAAUUUGCCACCCAAACCAGUUUCUUUUCCCUGUCUUCUAAUAUUUACAUUAAGUCGGUGGUAAAUUAUUUCUCUCUGAAAGUCUCAUUUCCUUGGGCUGCCUCAGGUGUACUCUGUAGAGGGUAUAUUUCUCAGUUGUGCUUGGCACGCUAGCCAAAGAAUGACAGAUUUUUCUGAAGGGUUUUGUUUGUUCUACUCUAUUUUUUUAUUUUAUUUUUUUGCGGGGCAGUGAGGGUUAAGUGACUUUCCCAGGGUAACACAGUAAGUGUCAAGUGUCUG